AUGAGUAAUGAGUCAGACGAGAAGGUAGUUAUCGUCAGAGGUCACUCACUUUCCAUCAGACAGACAGAAAAGCUUCAGCGGUUGUCGCUAUAUUUUUCUCGGGUGGGACCUCCGAUCCGGAAGGAAAGAAAACGAGCCAGGAGCGGAACGGCUGGCGGCUGGUCGACCACACAGCAGAAAUGCUCUUACAGAAGAAUCCACCGGCUACCAACGCGAAUGCAGAUCGGAGGGCAGGAAGCAUUGGCCCCGGUGAUUGCUGCGCGUCCAGCUUUGUCCAUCAAGCCCGCUAUCUCGGCAGCGCCCGCGACAUCCCCGGCUCCGGGCACACCCGGCUCCGUAACAACGAAGGAGUGGGUAAUCCCUCCACGUCCAAAGCCAGGUAGGAAGCCUGCCACGGACACACCUCCAACGAAGCGCAAGGCACAAAAUCGUGCUGCGCAGCGCGCUUUUCGUGAGAGGCGCGCUGCUCGAGUCGGUGAACUCGAGGAACAGAUCAAAAACAUCGAAGAGGAGAACGCGAGCCGCGAGGCCAGCUUCAAGGAGCAGAUUGAUAACCUUUCCACCGAGGUGGAGCAGUGUCGCAAUGAAAUUUCAUGGUGGAAAGACCGAUGCCAUGCCCUCGAAAAAGAAGUAGCUGUCGAGCGAAGCGCCAAGGAAACUCUGGCCAAGGAACUGAGAUCAUCGAGCUCAAGUAGGAGCAACGCAACUCCGGACAUCGUGCCCCUACCUCCUCGCAGAUCUGCUAGAAACAUUCAGACAGCCCGCGAGGCUUCAUCCGCCCAACCGGUCGCCUCGUCUACUGCUCAAGAUGCACAGCAGGAUGUUCCAUCGGGUUGCAACAAUUGUUCUCAGGCCCGCUGCCAGUGCAUCGAAGAUGCCUUCAACAUAAAUACCAUCACAAGCGCCAAUGACAGCUCCUCCCAGAAGCGUGCCCACUCGCCUUCUACCGCAGGUGGGAAGCGCCUUCGUACUGAACCGGACAUCAAGACUGAGCCGGAAGAGAUGGAGAUUGACUUCACCUCUCGUUUCGCAAUGUCUUCUCGAGCCCAGGUAGAGGAGGAGCCUCCCGCUGCGUCGCCUCACAUGGUCGAUCCGUGUGGUUUCUGUCAGGACGGCACUCCUUGUAUCUGUGCCGAGAUGGCCGCCCAAGACCGAGAGGAGUCGCAACGUCGAGACUCUUUCGAGAAUACCCGCCUGGCCCCGAUUCAGAAUCUGUCCCAGUUUACACCUCCACCCUCUGAGGGAGAUGUCCGCUCUGAGCUCACUCUCCCGUCCAUCAAUCAGGCAGCAAAUCCUUGUGCCAACGGACCAGGAACAUGUGCUCAAUGCCAGGCUGAUCCACGCAGCACCCUGUUCUGUAAAACACUGGCUGCAUCUCGUUCGGCAAGUGCCUCUUCAGGCUGCUGUGGAGGAAAAGGUGCGGAUGGCGGAUGCUGCCAGUCCCGUCCAGCUACUCGCAACAGCAGUCAGAGAACUGAGUCAAUCUCUUCUCCUUCUCUGACCCUUACAUGCGCAGACACCUUCACCACCUUAUCCCGGCACCCCAAAUUCUCUCGUGCUACGGAUGAACUAGCGGCCUGGCUGCCUAAGCUCCACACGCUACCUAACCCCCGUGAUGUCGCACCCAAAGAUAGGAACAGAAAUGCCAUCGACAAUCGUCCAGCCAUGGAGGUUGAAGCAGCCAGCGUGAUGGGUGUUCUGAGAUACUUCGAUCGGAGGUUCGCGGACAAAUAA